UCUGCGCAUGCGCACAAAUUAAUCCUGCUCAGCUCCAUCAUGGCGGCUAGGGGCCAUGUGCAAGACCCCAACGACAGAAGACUGCGACCCAUUUACGAUUACCUGGACAAUGGCAAUAACAAGAUGGCAAUCCAGCAGGCUGACAAACUGCUUAAGAAGCACAAGGAUCUUCACUGUGCAAAGGUCUUGAAGGCGAUUGGUCUGCAGCGCACCGGCAGACAGGAAGAAGCCUUCACGCUGGCACAGGAAGUGGCCGUUCUCGAACCAACAGAUGACAACUCUCUGCAGGCACUGACAAUCCUCUACAGAGAAAUGCACAGGCCCGAAUUAGUGACCAAGCUUUAUGAAGCCGCAGUCCGGAAAGUUCCAACAAGCGAGGAGUACCACUCUCACCUCUUCAUGGCCUACGCUCGGGUCGGAGAGUACAAGAAAAUGCAACAGGCUGGAAUGGCUCUGUAUAAAAUUGUCCCCAAAAACCCAUAUUACUUCUGGUCGGUUAUGAGCUUGGUGAUGCAGGCCAUCUCGGCACAAGACGAAAAGCUCUCUCACACCAUGUUCCUGCCAUUAGCUGAGCGUAUGGUGGAGAAAAUGGUUAAGGAGGAGAAAAUAGAGGCAGAAGCAGAGGUCCAGCUGUACUUCAUGAUCCUGGAGCGUUUGGGGAAAUAUGUGGAGGCGCUGGAGGUGGUUCAGGGGCCGCUCGGAGAGAAGCUGACCAGUGAACUGCAGAGCCGUGAGAACAAAUGCAUGAUGCUGUAUCGCCGUCUGGAGCGCUGGGCCGAGUGCAACUCGCUGUCCUGCAAACUGCUCCUGAAGAACCCUGAUGACUGGCAAUUCUACUUGCUAUAUUUUGACUCUUUGUUCCACCUCAUUGAUCAGAGCUGGACGCCUCCACAGGAAGGAGCUCAUUCUUCAGAAGGCGAGGUGCACUCCUCCGUGGCUCAGUCCGUCUGCUUCAUGAAGGAGCGACUGGCCACAGAAGAUGCCAAGGAGUCGAAGCACCUGAGAGGACCGUACCUGGCCUGUCUGGAGCUCAUCAGACGGCUCAGAGAGCGGAGCUGUCCUGAAGUGCAACAGCUAGGUGAACCUCUAGAGCUCAUGUUCCAGUUCUUUGUGAAGUUUGGAGACAAGCCAAGUUGCAUCACAGACCUUAAGAUCUUUCUGGACCUUCUCGCUCCUGACCAACAUGUGCAGUUCAUCAACAGGCUGAUGGAGGCCGUGCCGCUGCUCGCUCCAGGAGAGGACGGGUUCGCGCUCCCGGGAGACACUCGGGCUCUGCAGAGACAUCUGUGUGUGACGCAGCUCAGCCGCUGUCUGGGUCUCCAGCAUGCGCUCAACACCGAGGGCAAACUGGGCCUCAUCAAAGAACUGAAGGCGCAUUACCGGCACGGCUUACAGUUCGGCAAGUCGUGUUUAAAAACAGAGCUCCAGUUCUCGGAUAUGUACUGUCUCAUGGCGGCUCAUGUCUAUAUAGACCUGUGGUUGGAGACGGGCGAUCAGAACAUGUUGUGGCAGUCUAUGGGGAUGUUAGAAGAAGGUCUCUCCCACAGUUCCUCCAAUGCUCAGUUCAAACUGCUGCUUUUGCUUCUGCACUGCCGUCUGGGGGCUUUUGAGCCGGUGGUAGAUCUUUACUCCAGCCUGGAUGCCAAACACGUCCAGCACGACACCAUAGGGUAUUUAUUGACCCGCUAUGCAGAGUCUUUGGGCCAGUUUGCUGCUGCUUCCCAGUCUUGUAACUUCUCCCUCAGGUUUUUUCACUCAAACCAGAAAGAUACCUCAGAAUACAUUAUUCAAGCAUAUAAAUAUGGUGCUUUUGAGAAAAUCCCAGAGUUCAUCGCCUUCAGGAACCGACUCAAUCAUUCGCUGCACUUUGCCCAGGUGCGCACCGAGAGGAUGCUGCUCGACCUCUUCCUGGAAGCCGACAUAUCAUCUCCUCUAGAGGAGAGCGUGAAAUCAAUGUCUCUGUGUCCGGAAGAGGACGACAUCCCGUGGGACAACUUAAGGGACAACCGUGACCUGACUGUUCUCGUCGCCUGGAACCCUAAAGACCGGCAGCUGAAUGAGGAGCACAAGCAGCGCUCUCUCGAGGAUGAGACCCUGUGGCUGAGGUUGCGGUCUCUCACUCUGCGUCUGAUUGGCUGCGUCUCCACGAUGUCGCACCCGCCGGCACCGCGUAACUCGGAGAAGACGACUGAAAACGGAGUGGCAGCCAAACCAUCUUUCCUACAGUCACUGCUCUCUCAGCUUGAAAACACGCUAAACCAGGCCACACAGUUCACGGAAAAACAGCUACAGCACCAGUACCCGUUUCUGGGGCCCGUGUCGUCUCGGCUGGCUCAGGCUCUCUCCAGCGGUUGCUGUCAGUGUCAGCUCUCGUCCCUACAGCUCCCUCUACACCUCCAGGAGCUCGAGAACGCCGGUCUGGAUGACUCAACAGAGCUUCAGACACAAAUAUCAAAUCUUUUCAAGUCUUUAGCAGUACAACUUCAAGAUAUGUUGGAAAAAUGUAAAGGUGAUCUAUUAGAAGUUAAAGAUGCUCAAACCAAGACGCAACCCUUUUUACUGGAGAAUCUAGUCUACUUUGUUGAAACCGUUUGUAUCGUCAUAUGGGUGUCUCAUUACUGUGGAAGCGUCCUCCGGCCCUUAAAGUCUAGUUUACAGAAGAAGAAGAAAAAGAAAAAAGAAGCCAGCGCUGUAACGCCGGCAGUGAUCUCGGCCUUCCAGGAUUUCAGCGGCAGCUUGCAGAGCCUUCUGAACCAGGCCCUGGAGCUCAUCAAGAGCCAGGAGAUCAGCCUGACGGCCCUGAAGCUGGGAGCCCUCAGUCUCCAGGGACAAACUCAGUCUGAGGCGGAAGGGACCUUCACGAAGAGCGCCAUGGAUAAGGUGCAGAGCAGCUACCUGCGAUCGCUGCAGGAGAUCGGGGAACUGUUGAAGAAGAGAGUGGACACAUUAAAAUCCCUCAAAAUCUGAGCGCUCCAUCGAUCCACCAUCCGAUCCGGUCCCUGACCCGCACGGCUCCACGCGACGGCGUCCUCGGUCCCCAACUCAGUCUGUGAACUCAGCUGGUCGAGAUCUCCCUCUCCUCCUAUUUAUCCGUCUCUUUACUCACGUUCAGAUACAGGCACACUGUAAAGUUCAACAACGGCUUCAGCACAAGCAUCUACGGUGCGCCCAGCGGCACUUUUAAAUGGAAACGUAACUUGAUAUCCCUAGCAAAACUACAUAGGCAAAUGAAUAAGCAAUUUUAGAAGCACUGCUAUAAAUUAUUGUACAUAGUGUGAAGAUAACGAAUAUCAACGAGAACUCCUUGGCGAAUUAAAGUGAACUGCUUUGUCCUUUUGUCAAUGUCUUGCGUUAUUGUCUCUCUCACUUCCCAGUCCUAGACCGUAAGAAGCCAACUUCCAGACUGACGCACCGCGUUUAUGUAGCCGAUCGCGACGCACGACCAGCCGAGAGCUAAACUGGUCCCGAGGAGAUUUCGGUGGGGUGGUGGUGCGAGUAUCCGGAUGCUUUGGGUGCUUCUAUUAUGAUGUUUCUUUAUAUAUUCCAAAUGACUUUACUUGAGCCACAAGCGUUCGAAAUGUAGCUUUCCCGGCGGUUUGUUCGAAAUCGUUACCGUACGGUAAUGAAUACGUCAACGUAGCAUUGAAUGCUACUUGAACGACAUGGUGGGGUUUGGGAAAGUUUGUGUACUUUGGUUAAAAAAAUGAUUGAUGAUGAGAAACAGUUAUUCAAUAAUGUUUCAAAAUUAAUUUUCAUGCUUGUGUCUUUGGUUGGGCCGAAUUGUUUACUUUGAACUCUAAAAAAUUGUUGAUUGCACUGAUGUCCCUUCAAUGAUGAGGUUUUAUUGUUGCAUACCAAAAACGUCUAAAUUAGCCUUGCGUUACCGUCGCAGUAGAGACUAAGGUAGGUUUUUAUAUGACUGAUUUGUUGGUGUCUACCGGGAAGUGCAACUUGUUUACAAUGUUUCUGAGCGCCAUUAUGAAUCAUGUUUAUAGCGUGUUAUACGGUGUGCUGCAAUCUACGAGCUUUCACUGCUUUAUACCUCCUCGGGGAGGGAGGGAGGGAUGAUACUUUUCUCUUUUGUCAAGCUUUUUUAUUUUAAUCCAACUCAACGGGUUACAGGACAAGUUGUGCAGCGAGCGGCUCUUUCCAUCGCUCCGGGACUGAAGGGCUCAUUUCGCGUCCUCGCGGCCUCAAAGUACGAGGACGACAAGCGCUUCUGGACCGAGGAGGUCGGUUCGAGAAGUCAAGAGGUGGUUGGAAGCGUGUCGGCUGAUAAUCUUUUGUUAGGGAAUUUGAGGAAA